AUGUGGAGGAUCAUGUGGAAAUCCAGUGGAGGCUUGUGGUGCCUCUCGGACGGCAAAAAGGAUGUAGGGAAGGAGGAGGUCCCAGGUCCUCCGUUCCUCAUCUACCACCCGCUUGUGUCUGUUUUUGUGUCUGGGAGUCCUAAAGCUGUGGUGUCCAUAAAGCCUGAUACACAUGUGUUCAUUGGAGAGAUUGUUACUGUCAGAUGUGACAUACAGGGAGGAGGAGACACUCAGGGGACUUACAGCUGGAAGCUAAUUAAUAGUGAAAAUGGAAGAGAGAGAUUCUCCACAGACAACACAAAGCAGGUCGUCAAAAUCCAGUCUGUUAAAGACAGUGGUACCUACACCUGCAGUAUAAAGGGGAGAGACUCUCAGAGCUCAGAGAUCAGUGAUGCUGUUACACUGACUGUAUCAGCAAAACCCAAAGCGACUGUGAGAGUGAAUCCUCAGAGCUCCGUCUACACUGGAGACACCGUCACUCUGAGCUGUGAGCUGCAGCAGGGGACUGGAUGGGUGUUUGACUGGUACAAAAAAAAUCAGAAACAGAAUCUGAACAGUGAACAAGCAAAGACACUUAAUGUGACAGUCGAUAAUGCAGGAGAAACAGAGUACCAGUGUCGGGCAUCUAGGCUGAACUUCGACGAGUACGGUGACACUCGCUACUACUACACAGACCUCAGUGAUCCGGUCAAGAUUACUGUGAGCGCAAAACCCAAACUGACUGUGAGAGUGAAUCCUCAGAGCUCCGUCUACACUGGAGACACCGUCACUCUGAGCUGUGAGCUGCAGCAGGAGACUGGAUGGGGGUUUCACUGGUACAGAAAUAAUCAGUUACAGAAUCUGAACAGAGAACAAGAGAACACACUUAAAGUGACAGUCGAUAAUGCAGGAGAAACAGAGUACCGGUGUCGGGCAAACAGGAUAAACAACAACUACUACUACUUCACAGAGUUCAGUGAUCCUGUCAAGAUUACAGUGAAAGGUAUGUCAUGA